AUGCCUGAAAUCGAAGCUCGUCCAGUUCUUCCCAAGAUGAUCAACGAAUUGAUCACUACAGCAUGCCCGAACCCUUCGGAUAAACAAUGCGCUACUCUCUAUCCCACUAGCCGCUGGCGCAUAUUAGAAAAGUUGAGUGAGGCAUCAGUUCCGGUUACCCAGAAGGAUUUCAACAUUGGCAUGCAUCCGGCAUAUGUCGCGGGAAAAUAUCUUUGUCGCCGUUCAGGUACCGAGGAUAUCGCCUUCAUGCGUAUCUACAAACAGGUUCCCCUAUCUGGUACUGAACUUGAUAGCUCGGACGAUCGGAAGGCACAGGCCUGGAAAUCACGCGACUACGUGGAGCUAUCUGCCUUAAAGUAUUUCACAGCGAAUAACUUUACUACUACCCCUAAACUCCUUGGAUAUCAUGCCAGCACGCAGGAAGAAACCGACCUUGUCCCCGGCGGGUAUAUCCUCUACCUUGUAUGGGAAAAGGUCGCAGGGGAUCCUCUUGAUAUUCAGAAGUUCUGGAAUCUCUCCCGCGGGAAACGAGAUGUCGUCCGUGCAAACCUCCGAAAGGCCUAUAUGGACGUUCUAAAGGUUGGAUAUCAACCGGUUCCGGCGUCCCCGUCAAAGAUCAUACUCGAUAUGAAGACAGGUGCUGUUAAAAUCUCCGGUUUCAGAAGCGCUGCCCGUAUCCCCCCAGAGAUGAAAUGGAAGGACUCCUACUUCGUGAUGUUUUUCCUGGUCCUAGACUCCCCGAAAGACGAUGAAUACCUUCCUACCAUGGCAAAGGAUGUCGAAUUUGGAGAACAUGGCUGGAGGUGUGCCAAUUGUCAGAAGGUUGACCAGCUGGCAUCACAGCUGGCUGAUUUGACCCGACAUAAUGGGCAGCCCAAUCCGCUCGCCAACGACCCGGGUUGGUCUCGUGAUUCCGAACUGAACUCGACGGACAUUGCCGCACUGCUAGAUGCUGCUAGUGACCCGUCCAAUGGCCUCGAUCCAGUGAGAGCUUUUAAGUGA